AUGGCUGAAGAUGGUCUAGAGAGCUCACACUGGGAUGAUGUUCUAUCGUCAAAUCCCUCAAGGUUCAGUGAGAAUAUAAGCUCAAAUAUAGCUAAUGAAUUAUCAGCUACACUAUCGCAACAAAAUCUACAUGAUCAUGAAAAUGAAGAAGACGAAGAUGAUGACAACGAGCAGGAUGAAGAUGAUAAUGCUGCUGUGGAAGACACAGGUAAAUGGGAUGAUAGAUCAGAGUCAAACAAGCAAACAAAUAAUAAUGAAACCAGAGUGGAAACCCCUGAUGAAGAUCUUGUUAGUGGGAGUUCAAACCCUAAAGAAUCUAAAGAUAAAACUGGAUUGAUAUCUUCCUUGACUGCUGAUAGUGGUAAAAGUUUCAUAAGUGAGUCUGUCAAAUCUCCAAAGAAGGAUGGUACAUUGUUUACGGAUAAAAAUAAAGGGACACUAGAUUUUGGUGAUGAUGAUAAAGAUGAAACAGAACAAUCAACAGCUCAUUUGACAUCACCAACAAAAUUAGCAAGUCGUCGAAAGAACGUUUAUAAAACACCAAGAUUUCGUCGUAAUGGCAGUAAGACUUCAACACUAAAGAAAGAGGUCGAAUCAUCACCAUUAGAUACUACUGAAAAUUCAGAUGUUUUGGGUCCUUUAGGAAUCACCGAUGACACCGAAUCUCAAAAUCAAGACACAGAAUCACCAGCUGAUAAACUGUUAAGAGCAUCAGAAGCACCAAUUUUUGAAAUAAACAGAACACCGUUGUCACCUUUGAAAAGUAAUAGAUCAGAAUCACAACCAAGCUUGAGUGGUGUAUCAUCAUCAUCAAUUAGAGAAUCAUCUACUGCCAAUUCAGAAGCACAAUCUUCAUUAGAUCCACAACAACAAUUGGAACAAGCUAAAAUACAACAAAAAAAACAAGAAGCUGAACAAUCCAAUAUAAAUCUAGAAAUAGUCGUUGGUGAUCCUAUUAAAGUGGGUGAUUUAACAUCUGCACACACAGCUUAUAGUGUUCGUACAAAUACAGAUUCAGAACUUUUGAGAACACCACAGACUGUUGUUUCAAGAAGAUAUAGAGAUUUUAGAUGGCUAUAUCGUCAAUUACAAACAACUCAUCCGGGUAGAAUUGUUCCACCACCACCUGAAAAGCAAGCUGUGGGAAGAUUUAAUGAUGAUUUCAUAGAAGCUAGAAGGUUUGCAUUAGAAAGGAUGCUUGUUAAAAUUUCCAAAAAUCCUAAUCUACAAACAGAUCCAGAUUUUAUAAUGUUUUUACAAAGUGAUAGAUUUUCAUCCGAAGCUAGAGAACGCGAAAGAGCCGCUACAGCGUCAUCAACUUUCACUGCACAUGAAGAAGUUGAUGCAAGUUUGAACUCUAGUGGUAGUGGUGGUGGUUUCCUCAGUUCUAUUGGUGGUGCAUUCUCCUUUGCUCCAAAGAUUUCAGAACCUGAUGAAUAUUUCAAAGAUAAGAAAUCUUAUAUUGAAGCUUUAGAUCAACAGUUAAGAGUAUUUUUGAAAAAUUUAGAGACUGUUGUUUUACAAAGACAUGAUUUAUCUGCUGUCACAGAAGAAUUCUCUUUAAUUUUAGGAACCUUAUCUGAAUUAGAAGUUUCAAGGAGCUCAUCGGAUUUAUUCCAAGAAUUUUCAGUCACGCAAUUAAGAAUUAAAGAAUCACUUGAUAGAUUGUCUUUACAAGAUAUGUUAACCUUAGGCUCAACACUUGAUGAGUAUAUAAGAGUCGUGGGAUCUAUAAGAACAACUUUUAGUCAAAGAGAUAGAGUCCUAUUACAACUGGCUGGCUCUGAAUCCGAAUUGAAAAAGAAACAAGCAUCAUUUGAUAAGACAUUUAAGUUCAAUAGAACCCAUACUGAAAAAAUAGAUGUAUUGAAAGUUGAAUUGAAUACAUUAGAACAUAAGCACAAUACUAUAAAAACCAAGUUCGAUGAAAUAAGUAAUACAAUCAAAGAUGAAUUAGCAUCCUUUGAAAUUGAAAAAAUUCAAGACUUUAGGAAUUCAAUUGAAAUUUUUUUGGAAAGUACAAUUGAAUCGCAAAAAGAAGCUGUUGAAUUAUGGGAAACUUUUUACGAAGUUAAUUUAGCAAAAGCUGAGUAA